CUAUUUCUAUUUCUAUUUCUAUUUCUAUUUUUCUCUUUCUUUUGUUGUCUUUUUUACUUUUGUUUAUAAAAGUGACGAGUUACUUUGGAGACGAGAUUGGGGAUCCCAAGUCGCGCAGGCAAGUCUUGUCUUGUCUGGGUAAGCCUUGCAUCAAGCAAAGGAUGCAAGUGUGACUAGAAGAAUGAGACUUUUAUUCAUUUAUGUAUGUACGAUUCUAUGAAUUCAUUCAAUAAUUCAAUAAUUUUAAAAGUUUAUAAUCUUAUAAAUCGAAUUGAGAAAGGAAAUUCAUACUACGGAAUAGAUUUCCAUAAAAGAAAGGUAUUCCAUAACGAACAAGACAUAUAUACAUAAGAAUAUACCUUACACGUACCUCUCUCUAUACAUACCUACAACUAACUACUAGUUACUUACUACACACAAACACCCCACAUGCUCAAAGAGCAAACCAACCCCCACAUAAACCAACCCACUGAGUCGUCAAUAGUCAGUCUCGUUUAUACGACAUCUUCCUUUCUUCUUCUAGUGAACGUACCACCCCCACUCUGUCCCAAUCUCAAUCCCCCACCUACUUGUUCUCCAUGGCCACACCAGUCGCACUCUCAACUUGAUCAUGGCCGCACAUGCCUACAAGCUGCUCGUACGAGAUGCCAAGCAACUGAUUCGCUUAGAUGGAAUAACAUUCUUUAACGUUUCAUGAUGACGUGAUUUUUUUUAUCAGCGAACUGCUUAUGCUUAAGCUUAAAUGGAUGUAGGCAACGUCAUAUCGUUCGCUCUACGCAACAAAGGACGAAUCGGCCGUUCUCUGGACCGAGCAAGCACUCUCGGAAAAAAUGUUUCAAGACGCGAUAGAAGCUAAAUCCAGAACACCCACAAACCCAAUCCCAGCAAUUUGACGAAAAAUGCAAAACCGGACACAAAGAGCUAAAGGAAAAGUGAACCCGUUAAAGAAACAAAAAAAACCAAAACCAAACCAAACUAAAAAGACAAUUUAAAAACAAUUCUAUUCUUUGCAACUAUCCAAUGCUACCCCUAAAUUUCAAAUCCUUUUUUUUUUUGUUUUUUAUCCAUAAAUCAUCCGAUCUGGAUUUGUUUACAUAAACAUUGUCGCUGUCUGAAAUGCGCAGUUUGUCCCUCUCGUAAUCCUUUCGCUUAUUGGUCGUCUCCUCAUUUUGAUACCCCAACAAAAACGCUUCAAAAGGCGACUACGGCGAACCACCGGAAAUACAAAAUCUUACUUUUUUAGCAGUCAUCCUGUUCUUCUUUUCCAGUGGUCUAGAGUUACAAGGGUAUCAUCUCUCUCUCUCUCUCUCUUUAGUCGGCCUAGUAGUUUUUUCCCUUCUUUUUUUUCGCUCUGCGGUAUUGGAAGUUUUCUGCUCUUUGAAUUCCUUUCCUCUUCCAAACACUUUUCUACAUAUAUAUCACAGACGCAGACACAGACAGACACAGAGAAGAGACUGUGUUCACUGUUCUUCUGCUACUGUUAUUAUUCUUAUUAUAAUUAUUAUUUCAUUUUUCUUAUUACAUAUCUUUACGAAUAUUCACAUUCUUUCUUUUGAAUCCUUCUUUCCCUUUUUCUGUUUGUUUGCUUGUUUGCUUGUUUGCAAGACGAAAAUAAAGACACAAACAAGUCACUUGUAGAGAUCAAAAAAAAAAAGAAUCAUUUUUAUUUUUAUCUUUUUUUUUUUGGGCUCUAGAAAUCAUAUUUGAGAAACUGUUCCUAUAGUUGUUUCUUUUUUUUUUUUUUUAAAAAAAAAUUGGUUUCUUUUUCUUUAUUCUUGUUCCUCUUUUCUUUUUACUAUUACUACUAUUGUUAGUAGUAUUAUCAGAUUUGAUUUCAAGAGUGUGAUUUCACUCUUUCCUGUUCUCUCUUUCCCCCCCCCCUUCCUUUAUUCUAAUUUAAUUUUAGUUUAAUACCGUUCUGGUAAAAAAGGAAAUUCGGUUUGGUUUUUUCUUUUCUAUUUUUGUUUUCAAUUUCGGUUUUGUUUUUGUGUGUUUUUCUUUUUCUUUUUUUUUUUUUAUAUUUUUCUUUUUUAGUUUUGGAAAAGAAAUCUCUUGUUUUUUAUUAAAAAAGGUCCUUUUAUAUAUAUCUACUUAUAUAUAUAAAAUUAAUCUUGAACAACAAAACGAAAAGAAUCGUUGUUUACUCCCCCCCCCCUUCUCUAUUUCUAACUCUCUCUCUUUUUUCUACGAUUGAAAUAAGGUCUCUCACUAGUCACAAUGACUUUUGCGAAAUUAUUCUCCCAAUCUUUAAAUAGACGUGUCGCUGGAUUCCGUUCCCCCUUCGUCAAUUCCUCCUCCCCAUCGGCUUUGGCUCCCAAGACACGCUUCUUCAACACUUCUCGUCCUAGAGCAAAUGCUUCUUCCUCUUCCCCCUCCUCCUCUUCGAAGCCUUCUCCUUCCUCAGGCAAAAGUGUGUGGAAGAUUACAAAGCGUGUUGGUUUAGGUUUCAUUGCCGCUAGCGUCCUUUACUAUGGUCUUUCCGUCUACAGAUUCCGCCAUCCUGAUGAAAAACAACCUCUUCCUGACCCUACAAAGAAAACUCUUGUCAUUUUAGGUGCCGGUUGGGGUGCCACCUCUAUCCUCCGAACUAUCGAUAGCUCUCUCUACAAUGUUGUCGUCGUCUCUCCUAGAAACUAUUUCCUCUUCACCUCUCUUUUGCCUUCUACUGCCACCGGUUCCGUUCAUAGCCGUAGCAUCGUUCAACCCAUUCGCUAUCUCCUUCGCCACAAGUCUCACUUUGUCAAAUUUUAUGAGGCAGAGUGCACCGACGUCGAUAAGGAUGGCAAGACUGUCGAAAUCCGCAGACAAACUUCUGAUGGUCAGGAAUUGGUCGAGAAGAUUAACUACGACUACUUGGUUUGCUCCGUCGGUGCCGAAACUCAAACCUUCGGCAUCCCCGGUAUCGAAGAGCAUGGUUGCUUUUUGAAAGAAAUGUGGGAUUCCCAAAAAAUCCGUACACGUAUCAUGAAGUGUCUCGAACAGGCUCAGUUUAAAGACCUUGAUCCUGAAACUCGUCGCCGCUACGUUCACUUCGUCGUCGUCGGUGGUGGUCCCACCGGUAUGGAAUUCGCUGGUGAAAUGGCCGAUUUCAUCAAGGAUGACCUUAAAUCUUGGUUCCCUGAACUUGCCAACGACUUCUCUGUAACCCUUAUCGAAGCUUUGCCUUCCGUUCUUCCCAUGUUCAGCAGCAAAUUGCGUGAAUAUACCAAGUCUCUUUUCGCUAGAACCAACAUCAACAUCAGAACAAACACUGCCCUCAAGGAAGUCACCGCUGAUAGCAUCAUCGUCGAAGUUAAGGAUCCAGAAGGCAAUAAGGUUGAAGAGUCUAUUCCUUUCGGACUCUUGGUUUGGGCCGGUGGUAACCGACCUAGACCUCUCAUAAACAAAAUCAUCCAUUCUUUGGAAGAGCAAACCAACCGUCGUGGUUUGAUUGUUGAUGAUUAUAUGCAAGUCAAGGGUAUGCAAGACGUCUUUGCCCUUGGCGACUGCACCUCUACUGCCUAUGCCCCUACUGCUCAAGUUGCAUCUCAACAAGGUGCUUUCCUUGGUCAAUUGUUCAACAAACUUGGUUCUCUUGACUUUGAAAAGCCUCGUGUCGACAGAUAUAUCGCUGUUGGUGAAGAAUUAGACUCCGCUGCUCUCAUUUCUCUUGCUAAUGAGAAGCAUGCUUCUACUAAGGUUUUCCGUCCCUUUAAGUACUCUCACCAAGGCUCUCUUGCCUAUAUUGGCCAUGAAAAGGCAAUCGCUGAUUUGAAUGUCCCUUUCCUUGACAAGCAAAUUCAUGCCAGUGGUUACCUUGCCUUCUUUUUCUGGCGCUCCGCCUAUCUUUCCGAAUUGUAUUCCCUUCGUAACCGUACCAACGUUAUGUUGGAUUGGAUCCGUACUUCCCUCUUUGGCCGUGAUAUUUCUUCCAUUUAAAUAACCCCCACUUUCAAGAUAUGUAGAUCUAUUAAAAUGCUAUUUUUAAUCAUCCUUACAUAGGAACGUAUAUUUGAUUUUAAAUACGCAAGCAACAGUCUGGUUCAAGUCUCGUUUUAUUAUUUACAUACAAGUUUCUUUUUUGUUUGUAUAUUUUUAUAGCUAUUAACUUUUCAAUAUAUUGGAUUAAGCAUACAGAUUUUCGAAAUCACGACUUAAGGAUUGCCAUAUAUUUAAUCCUUCCUCCUCGUACCUGAUGCGCUGCUUGCAAUAAUCAAUGUAAGGAUUUCCAAGGAUUGACAGGUAAUUUUGCAGAUACUCUAUUUCUUCAUUUAAAUACUGGUCAAUUUGGAAUCUUUGCCAAAGAGUAUCAGCAUACAACUGUUUCUUCUAAAAAUCAUGUUAAUUUCACUUCCACCUAGGGAUUUAUUUUCUUCUUUUUCCUUUAUACCUUGAGCAAGUUAGUUUCAAUUCGGUUUUCGGUGUUGAGAAUAGUAGAAUUUCUUCCGUUCGUUGAAUCUUGUAUCGUAGCUUCUCUUAAUAAAUUCUCGUCAUUAGAUAUUAAAUAUUUAAUUUUUGUUAAAUCAGUA